AUGGCCAAAAUAACUUUAAUUUUCCUAGCCGUGGUAGCUAUAGCCACCUUGGUCUUAGCCGAAGAAAAUAAUCCGCAGGCUUUUAUAAAUAUUUUCAACCAAAAACACAAGGAUCCGGGACCAGAGGCAACUGCUCGUGCCAAUGUUGUAACCAAAUAUAUUGACCAAAAAUUGGAUCAUUUCGAUGAUAAGGAAACCAGGACAUGGAAAAUGCGUUACAUGGAAAAUGAUGAGUUCUAUGAAGAAGGUGGCCCCCUGUUCAUCUAUGUUGGUGGUGAAUGGGCCAUUUCGGCUGGUUCCAUUAGCAGUGGUCAUGUUUACGAUAUGGCCCGUGAACAUAAGGGUUAUUUGUUCUAUACCGAACAUCGUUUCUAUGGUCAAAGUAAACCAGUGGAGGCCAUGACAAAUGAAAACAUGAAAUAUCUGCAUGUCCGCCAAGCCUUGGCUGAUCUGGCCCAUUUCAUCCGCACCAUGAAGGAAACUAUUCCUGGCAUGCAAAAUUCCAAGGCCAUUUUAACUGGAGGUUCCUAUUCCGCCACCAUGGUAACAUGGUUCCGUAAAUUGUAUCCUGAAUUGGCUGCUGGUUGUUGGGCUUCUAGUGCUCCUCUCUUCGCAAAGGCCAAUUUUUAUGAAUACAAAGAAGUUAUGGGUGAAUCAAUUUUGCUGGUAAGUGGUCAAACCUGUUACGAUCGCAUUCAGCAUGGUAUCGCUGAAUUGGAAUCGAUGAUUGCCAAUAAACGCGGAGCCGAAGUUAAGGCUAUGCUGCGUUUGUGUAAUAACUUUAAUGAGGACAGCGAUUUGGAUGUGUGGACACUGUUCUAUGAAAUUUCUGAAAUUUUUGCCAAUUUGGUUCAGACGCAUAACCAUUACAGCAUUCAAAAUGCCUGCAAUACAAUUAUGGCUGAGGAAACCGAUCUACUUGGUGUGGCCAAUUAUAUUGUCAAGAAUUUCGGUAGCAAUGGUUGUAAUGAUUUGACUUAUAAAACCUAUGUUGCCGUGCUAAAAGAUUCAGCCUAUAGUGGUAACAUAAUGCGCCAAUGGAUCUAUCAAACCUGUAAUGAAUAUGGUUGGUAUCAAACCUCUACCUCGGCCAAUCAACCAUUUGGCAGCAAAUAUCCUUUGGUCUAUUUCACAACAAUGUGUGCCGAUGCCUAUGGCCCAGAGUUCACGAAUGAGUACAUACAACAACAAAUUGAUGGUACCAAUGAAUUCUUUGGUGGUCUGACACCUGUAGAGAAUGUUUAUAUGACCCAUGGUCAGGUGGACCCAUGGAGAGCUAUGGGUAUUCAAGAUGAAAAUUUAGCUACCACUAUUCCAUAUCAUGCCCAUUGCAAAGAUUUGGGUUCGAUUAGUGAUAAUGAUACCCCCGAAUUGCGUGCCUCCAAGGAGAAAAUUGCUCAAUUGGUUAGAGAAUGGCUGUCCGACGAAUAA